AUGUUCUCAAGCUCGUCGCCACGGCACAGGCUCAAGACUAUAGAGCAAGUGCGCGCACGCAACAAGAGUGGGCCAUUCAAUCUCACGGCCGCGAUCCUCUUCGUCGCAACUGCUGGUGGACUGUACACAUACUUCACAUACGAGAAGGAGCGCAUGGCACGGCAGCGGGUAGCAAAUCAGACUAAGGGUGUGGGCAAGCCUAAGGUCGGAGGGCCAUUUGACCUACUUGAUCAUAAUGGAAACCCGUUCACGCAUGAGGAUAUGCUGGGGAGAUACACCCUGGUCUACUUCGGCUUCUCGCACUGUCCCGACAUCUGCCCCGACGAGCUCGACAAAAUGGCCCUCAUGUACGAAAAAGUCAAGGAACAGUGCGGCGUCGAGCUCCUCCCCUUGAUGAUAACCUGCGACCCCGCACGCGACACGCCUGAAGUCCUGAAGGAAUACCUCGCUGAGUUCCACCCCGCGAUCCUGGGCUUGACGGGUACAUACGACAACAUCAAGCAGACGUGCAAGGAGUACCGCGUGUACUUUAGCACGCCGUCGACGGUGAAGCCCGGGCAGGAUUACCUGGUCGAUCACAAUCCAGAAGGCGACUUCGUCGAAGCCAUCGGGCGCAACUUUUCAGCCGAUCAAGCGGCGCGGGUCAUCGCAGACCACAUCAAAGACUGGGAGAAGCCCUUGAAGAAGGAUCGCUGGGCGUAA